AUGUUUAAAUUUUAUGGUCUUAAAUAUUUAUUUGAAAUGGUUUAGCCUUUAAAAUUCGAUCUCUAUUAAGGCUAAUAAUUUAUAGGUUUAUUUUGUUGUAAUAUUUUAGGAUAAUGUUAAGCUAACUUAGGUGAAAUAAUAGGAGAUAAACAAAGAAUCUUUUAUCUAUCUGAUUUGAUGAAUUAAAGAAAUGGAAUGAUAUCAUUUAAAACAGAAAGGAGCAAAGAAAAUAUCUAGAAAAUCAAGUUUGAUGUAUUUUUCAUUUAUUAUGAUUAGAUUUACUUAUAACUAAAUAAUUCUCUGUUUUAGUCUUUGCUAAGUCUUUUCAAAGAGUAAUAGUUCUUAUCUUUGAUUUUAUAUAAAAAGGUGCCAAAUAAAUAAGUUAUACUAUAAACUGAACCAAAACCUAAAUAAUCAUAAUUAAAUUGGAGAAGAAUUGAGACUUCUUUUGAAAUUCUUUGUGAUAAUGAUCCUUUAUAAUCUAUUUUUUGUGAAGGUAAGAUACUAUGUGAUUAUUCUAGUGAUUUAACAUGAAGGAUUUAAUUAAUAAAGUCUUGGUUAAUUUGAAUUCUGGAAAUAUUAGAUAGAUAAAAAAGUGUGUCUAUUCAACAUUAUUAAUCUCAAUAAUGAAAUUAUAGGAAGAUCUAUGAUUGACUAAUUUGAAUAUGAUAUUGAAGGACAGUUUUAUAAUUUUAUCUGUAUGUCUUUAUUAUUUCUAAUAUUUAUAGAAUAGGGUACUUAAUUGGCAUUGAUUAUUGCAAUUGAUUUUACUGAGAGCAAUAAAAAUCCAUAUCAUAGUGAAUCUUUACAUUCAAUAUCAAAAGAAAGUCAAUACUUAUAAGCAAUUGAAUAAGUGGCAAAUAUAUUGAUGGAUUAUGAUAGUGAUAAAAAAGUUCCUAUGUAUGGAUUUGGAGGAAUCCCAAAAUAUUUAUAAAAUUUUAAUAAGCAUUGUUUUCCAUUGCAAGGAGAAGCUCAUAAUUUAGAUGAUAUUAGAAGAAUAUAUGAAUUCUCUGUUAAGAAUAUUUAAUUUGAUGGUCCUACUUGUUUUAAUCCUAUGAUUAGAUAAACUAUGAAAUGGGCAUAAGAAGACUUAAAUGCAAAUGGAAACUAAUAUUUUGUAUUAUUAAUUUUAACUGAUGGAAAGUAUAUGGAUGAGGAUUAAACAAUUAUGUCUAUUGUAGAUGCUGGUAACCUCCCUUUAUCACUUAUUAUUGUUGGUAUUGGAGAUUCAGCAGACUUGAAAGCCAUGGAUAAAUUAGAUGGAAAUAAUGGAUUAUAAGAUACUCUUGGGAGAUAAGCAGAAAGAGAUUUAGUUAAAUAUGUUCAUUAUAAUAAAGUUAAGAAUGAUCAAGGAUAAUUGGCAAAAGAACUAUUAGAUGAAUUACCAAAAUAAUUAGUACUCUAUAAAACUAAAAAUAAAUGA